AUGAGGAAAGCAGAGGUGCAAAUGACCCUGAAAAAGGGGUCCGAUGAGGCGGAGGCACCCCGAAGCCCCCUCAUCCCCCCGAAACGCUCCAGAGCCAGCCCGGAGAAGGUGGUCUCAGAUCCCCGGGGACCUGGGCACCCGGUCCCGACUCCACCGGCUUUUGUGCGCAAAAUGAGGAACGCUGCCGUGGGGACGGGCUGUGACAUCCGUCUAAAGGUGACGGUGGCGGGCGACCCCCAGCCCUGCCUGUACUGGUACCACAACGAGAACCUCCUGAACAUGGAGAACCAGGAGUACGGAGGCCUCUGGAUUAGGGAUUGCAAACCGAGCGAUGCCGGCCUCUACACCUGCAUCGCCAACAAUCACCUGGGAGAGAUUCGGAGCAGCGCUGUGCUUGCUGUGUUGGAUCUGGGAGAAGAUUCUGAAACAACAGAGGAUGAAUGUGAAGACCAACUUCAGACCAAAGAAGACAGUGGGGAGGUUGAGGACCAGGCUGUGCACACAGCUGCAGGGUUGAACAAAUGGUCAGAAGACGAUUAUAGAACACGUGGACGUGAAGAGCACAGGCAAGAAUUCAGGGGCCAGUCAGAGAAUUUCUCAAGAGAAUCUCCGCCACAAGUCCUCCCACCCCGAUCCCCACGACUCGCCAAACGCCCCUCCACCUCUCCAAUGCCAAGUCGCACUGGCUCAACCACACCACUCAGCUUGCGGAAUAAAAGCGUCGGGCCGACUGACUACCAAGACACAGUGCCCGGGGAGUUUGAGGAAAAGGUUAAGCAACCAAAGUCAGCGUCUCAGAGUAACAACCAGGACUCUCGUCCACAGACGCCACUGAGUGAGUACUCCCGUAAAGAGUUAACGCCCAGACCGUCCCCAAAGCUUACUAGGGCUAGCUCAAAGGUUUUUGAGAAGGUCCGUGGCUUAGAAGAGCGGAGACGAAGCCUCGAUAUUCCAGAGGGAUCCAUCUCUGGUAGAUCCUGGGCGGGUUUCAAUCUUGCUGGGUCUGUUGAUUCCGAUGAUGGAGGAAGCCGGUUGGGCAUCUCGAGAGAAAGUUCGAGGGAAGAUCUCCGGGAGGCUCUGAAAGAGGAUGCGGCCGAGAGGAGAUCUAUGUUCAGACAGAGAGCUUCUUCGCUGGAGGACAAACCUCGCUACUCCCAAAAGGUUCAGGACAUUGAGAACAAGUUCACAGAGGAGCUCCAGCGCAUUAAGAAACUGGUUGGGAAACCUCACAUGAAGAAAUCGUUUUCGACUGAACAGCUCACCGUGAAGAGCAAGCAGCGGCAGCCUUUCAGGAAAAUUGAACCUAUUCCUCCCCAGGUCCUUCAGAAGCUGCAAGAGAGGGAACGAGUCCAGUGGGAGAAGGAACAGAGAGAAAAGGAUUUAAAUCUACAACCAGUGCAGCAGCAGCAGCAGCCGACGCAGCAAAAGCAACAAAAGUCACAACCUCAGAAGACGGAGAACACCGGAACAACAACCGUAACCGUCAGUAGAUUCGGAGAGGCUGCAGGAACCCCGGAGUCGAUGCAGUUAUCUGACUUACCUGGACAGCGAUUGGUGAGAGAACUAAAUAGAGUCAGUCCCGUUACAGAACAUUUUCAAAAAUCCUCAUCACCAGCAUUUUACCACCAACAGAGGGCAGAGUCGCCAAGCAGGAAUGUUGCCGAGAUGACUUUACGCAAAGUAGAACGAAGGCCACCGAGUCCGCUUGUACAAAGGGUAUCUCGCAUGCAGGAGUCUCCGCACUUCCAAGAGUCUCUUCUGCCAAAGGAUGAGACUUCAGGGAGAAAGACACCAAUAGAAGCAGUAUUGAGAAAGAUCGAAAACAGACCUGAGAGUCCACUGGUACAAAGAAGAGCCAUGAUUGUGCAAGAUCUUCCUCCUCAACCGCCUCCAAAACCUCCGGCGGAGGAGAAGAUGGAGGUGGAGCUGUCCAGACCAACCUCUAAGAUUAUAGUCCCAACGAUUAUUGUUGAAGACGAGAAGAUGGAAGUGGACGUUCCUGUAAAGACAAGUGGGCUGCAGCAGAUUACCACCGGUGCCAAAGAGGGAAACCAGCAGAAGACCAGAGGAAAGAACCGUCGCUCUCGACCCUUGUCUCCAGAGUUAGAUUCUUCCGAUGAUUCGUACGUGUCCGCUGGAGAAGACCCGAUGGAGGCCCCGGUAUUUGAGUUCCCCCUUCAGGACACUACAGUAUCAGCAGGGGCAGAUGUGCUGCUAAAAUGCAUCAUUGGUGGAACCCCCACUCCUGAAGUGACCUGGACAAAAGACAACACCGGUGUCAGUGGCGUUGCCAACUACACCGUCAAAGUGGAGGGGGAACGACACAGCAUGUUCAUCAAAUCCGCCAAAAUGAGUGAUGGGGGGAAAUACUGUGUGACGGCUGUGAAUCAGGAGGGGAAGGUGACCAGCUGUGCAGCUCUGACAGUUAAAGCAGAGUCGGUGCAGGAGCCCAGAGGAAACUUGGGUGUCCCUGUGGACAUCAGCAGCCCUAUCACAUCGGACGAGGAGUAUCUCAGUCCCCUGGAGGAGGCCGUGGACUUCGAAGGGCCAGAGCCGAGGCGACCUAUUGACAAACGGUUCAGGAAACCCCCGGCUUUCCUGGUAACGAUGAGUGAUCACGCUGUCAUCGAAGGACAGGAAGUCACCAUGUCUGUGAGAAUGAGUGGACAACCCAAACCCAUGCUCUACUGGCUGAGGGACAGAGUCACAGUAAAAUCCGGCCCACGUCACAUCGUGCGUGAGACAGAAGACGCCACUUUUGAGAUGACGAUCAAGUCGGCAGUGAGGUCGGACUCUGGCGUUUACACCUGUAAGAUCAUCAAUGAAUACGGGACAAAGCAGUGCGAAGGAAAGCUAGACGUAAAAGCUCCACCAGUUGAGCCGGGCCUUGCCGUCAUCCGCCCAGUCAGGGACAUCACAGCCAACGCCGGGGAGACAGUUUUGUUUGAGUGUUUCGUCAUUGGACCGACAGACACCGACGUGGACUGGCUCGCCGACGGGAAACUGAUCCAGCCGGCGUUGCUCAACUGCAAGAUGCACUUUGACGGGAGAAAGUGUCGCCUGCUGCUCAACUCGGUGCACGAGGACGACACCGGAACGUACACGUGCAAGCUCAGCACAGCCAAAGAGGAAGUGACCUCAUGUGCCAAACUCAAGGUCCUCCCGUCCUUUGAACCUCUCUUCACUCGCAAACUGGACGUUCUGGAAGUGAUCGAGGGGCGUAACGCUCGAUUUGACUGCAAAGUCAGUGGCACGCCGCCUCCCAAGGUCACGUGGACUCACUUUGACCAUCCGCUCUUAGAAAGUGAGGACGUACGUAUUCUUCAGGAGGGCGGGCGCCACUCUCUCAUCAUCUCUCACGUGGCCAACGACGACGAGGGUUUCUACACCGUCAUCGCCUGUAACAGCCACGGCGACGCAGAGACCUCCGCUGAACUUUACAUACAAGAACCCCGGCCCGCCAUCUCGUCUCAAAUGGCGAAACUCGAGAAGAUGCCGUCCAUCCCCGAGGAGCCGGAGGUCCCAGAGAACGAGGUUGAGCGUUUCACCAUGCCUGACUUCAUCAAACCCCUGUAUGAUCUGGACGUGAUCGAGGGGAAGGAGGCCGUGCUCAAAUGCAAAGUGGCCGGUUUGCCGUACCCCACCAUCGUCUGGUUCCACAACGGCAAGAGGAUUGAGAGCACCGAGGAUAGAAAGAUGACACAGUUUCGUGACGUCCACAGCCUGGUCAUCCGCUCUGUGUGCCACGCCCACGGUGGCGUCUACAAGAGCGUCAUCUCUAACAAAGUAGGCAAGGCCACCUGCUACGCUCAUCUCUAUGUUACAGAUAUCCUCCCUGACCCUCCGGAUGGGACUCCUGUGAUAGAAUCCAUCACUGGGAAAACCAUCAGCUUAAGCUGGAAGAAACCAAGGAGGCUGGACCCAUCCAUUGAUCCCAGUGGCCUGAUGUACGCCAUCCAGCAACAAGCCCUGGGCUCCAUCCAGUGGACCAUCAUAGCCUCUGGCCUGAAGGAGACCACCUACACCAUCACCACCCUCUCCAAAGGAGUCCGCUACGCGUUCAGGAUCCUGACCAUCACCUCCAAGGCUUUCAGCAAACCCUCCUCCGCCACGGACCCCGUGCAGCUCCUGGACCGAGGUCUCUAUCUCCUGGAGGCUCCAGUGAUUAUUGAUAAGCCAGACAUUGUAUACGUGAUAGAAAACCAGUCAGUCACCAUCACAGUUACCCUCAAUCACGUCAACGCUGCUGUCAUCUGGAAGAGAAGGGGAGUGGUCCUGGCCAGCAAGCCCGGCCUGUACGAGAUGGCGAUGCCCGAUGACGACCAGCACACGCUCAAGCUGUUCAAGGUGAAAAGCGCUGACGUGGGAGAGAUGGCGUUUGUGACCUCCAACAAGUACGGCAGUGACAGCUGCACCUUCGACGUGGAGCUGGCAGCUCCACCAACUUUUGAAACGAUCAUGGAGGACCUGGAUGUUUGCUCCGGAGAGACCCCUCGCUUCGCUGUGGUUGUGGAGGGCAAACCAGUUCCUGACAUCCUCUGGUUAAAGAAUGACGUCCUGCUGUGCGAGAGCAGUCAUUACACGUUUGUGUACGAUGACAAUGAAUGUUCCCUGGUGGUUCUGAAUGCUCGUACAGACGACUCCGGGGUGUACACGUGCACUGCCCGGAACUUGGCAGGAUCUGUCUCUUGUAAAGCUGAACUGACCGUUCAUGAAGCCAAAAGAAAAGAGGAUCCAGUGGACGAUGAGCAGACAAUUCUGAGGAAAAUGCGCAGGCUGACGGACUAUUAUGAAAUCCAUAAAGAAAUUAGAAGGGGGGCAUUUUCCUAUGUGAAACGUGUGACCCAGAAAGUCGGCAAAAUGGAGUACGCAGCGAAGUUUAUCUCCACGAGAGCCAAAAAGAAGCCGUCGGCUCUGAGAGAGAUGAGCCUGGUGUCCAAGCUGGACCACGAGAGAGUCCUUUACUUUCAUGACGCCUUCGAGAAAAAGAACGCAGUCAUCAUCAUCACCGAAAUAUGCCACGAAGAGCUGCUUGACAGGUUUUCAAAGAAAUCUACUGUCAUGGAGUCGGAUGUACGGUCCUGUAUAAGACAGCUGCUUGAGGGGCUGGACUACCUUCAUCAUCUAAACGUCAUACAUCUGGACAUAAAGCCUGAUAACAUCCUCAUGGCCGAUCCUCACGGUGAUCAGAUCAGAAUCUGUGACUUUGGCAACGCUUUGGAAAUCACACCUGAUGAGGCCCAAUACUGCAAAUAUGGCACGCCUGAAUUUGUUGCACCAGAAAUUGUCAAUCAGACCCCUGUGUCCAAAGCAACAGACAUCUGGCCUGUUGGAGUUCUCACAUAUCUGAGUCUGACAGGAGUUUCUCCGUUUGCUGGUGAGAACGACCGCAGCUCGGUGCUGAACAUCAGGAACUAUAACGUUGCCUUCGAAGAGAACAUGUUUGCUGAGCUUUGCCGGGAGGCGAAAGGCUUCAUCAUUAAACUGCUGGUCGCCGACAGGCUGAGACCUGAUACUCAGGAAUGUCUGCGACACCCCUGGUUCAAGACACUUAAUAAGGGGAAGGCCAUAAGUACAGAGGCCCUGAAGAAGUUUGUAUCACGCAGAAAAUGGCAGCGUUCAUUAAUCAGCUAUAAAUCAAAAAUGGUUAUGAGGUCCAUACCCGAAUUACUGAAUGACUCCUCCAGCCAUAUCUCCAUCGCAGUCCCCAGGAACCUUAGAGAGGGCUCACCUUUGCCAUCAUCAUCCUCAGAUUCUGAUGAAGACAUUGAUGAACUGCCAUUUAUUCCAAUGCCACUUACCAUGGAAUUCUCUGGAUCAAGGGUUUCACUGAAUGAGUUCCAGAGCAAUGAGCAGGAAAAAGGGAAGCAGAAUGGAACAAGUAAAUUGUCUGGGUCCCCUGUUCAGGCACAGGAGGCAAUGGAGUGUGACACGAAAGAAAUGGAUAAAGAAGGAGUCGAAAUCGCAGGUAAAAGCCGCCAGCGGAAGAGGUCAACACAAGACAAUGACCGGGGUUCCUCGGAUGAGGAACCACCUGCUGAAUUACCACAAAAGUCAGAGCUGUCCAGAAAACCACUGAGAAGGGGUUCAAGUAUGGAGUCAGACAAACCAGAAGGUGGACGACGAAGAGGAGAGCUUAGACGAGGAGGCUCAGCUGACAGUGCAUUGCUGCUCCGGAUUCCAACUGAGGAAGGAGCUGUAGAGGGAAGCCCAGAUGAUGGCAGGAGAGUUCUCAAGAAAGCUGUCUCUAUGGAACUACCAAGGAGAAGCACCAGCCCAGGAACUGUGAAGAUGAGUCAAGAAGACUAUGCACUUAAACUUGAGCUAAUGAGGAAGCGACUCCUUCGUGGAGGGUCAGUGGACAAAAAAAUGAGUGGACUGAGAGGACCACUGCUGGAAACAUUGGGAAUGGCAGAUGAGAAACGUGCAAAUUCCUCUGAUCGCUACUCUCGCACUGCUCGUUUAGGCCCACCACCACUAAUCAGAGCUGCAUCCAGCGAUUCACCAAGGGAUGAACUUCCCAAACCCAAAAUUCUGCGCAAAAGCGCAUCUUUCAGUCAAGGUGAUGCCGAGCCUAUAGCUUUACACCGGCGGUCUGGAGCUCCUCUGGAGAUUCCCUUGGCUCAGGUAGAAGAAAGAAGGCUAAAGGAAGCUAUAUCUAUGUCAGCUUUGACUGAGCCAAUAAAGCAAGACUCCCGACCAGUGACUCCCAGGGAACCUUCACCGAGACCCCCAACUCCAGAGUCGGUUGUGCAGGAGAGUCCUUCCAAGACAGGAAGUGAGGAUUCAUUAAUGGAGAAAGAGAUGAAGUCCUACGAGACCAUAAGUGAAAAGAUGGAUGGGUCGACUACAGAUGGUAAUUUUGACGAGCGAUCGAGCACAAGUGGUUUCUCAGAGAAGGACAUGAGCAUAUCAGAAGAGCCAAUGGUUGAGUCAGAGUACAUGGACCCGAGGAUUCCUACACCUCCUCCUGUGGCCCAAAGCUCUAAACUAGAGGAGAGAAUGGAAGAAGAAGUAGAAGAAGAAGUAGAAGUAGAAAUAGAGCAUGAAGAAAAAGAAGAGCCUAUGAAAGAUGAAGAGGAAAGAAUUGUCAGCGUGUCUGAAUCAAAAACUAAAGAAAAUGUAGAAGUUAUUGUAGAAAAUGAAGAAGAGGAAGUAAAUAUGCCUUCUAAACCGUCUGAGAUGAUCAUAACCACAAGCUCAGUUAUGGUGAGACCAACAGUACAAUAUUCCCAUUCCUCAGCAAAUGUCAUGCCAACUCAUGUAACACCGUCGCCUGCUGCUCGAGUUGUUCUUCCAGAUGGAAGGACUUCAGCAUAUGCCAGUAUUAUGCAGACAAUAAUGGUCCCUUCAGUUCAGCCUCUCAAUGACCCGACCUUAGGCCCCUCUUCACCAGAUGUGGUUCCAGCCCCUUCAUCAGCUGUAGUAACAACUGAAACAUUUUCACCCACAGCUUCACCUGCUAGCAUUCCCUCUGCUUUACCAGGUUUGCCAAAGCCAGCCACAGUGCACGCUGCUGUAUACUCCAGGGUAGCGUCACCAGAAACGAUCGGAAAAGAACCCAGUCCACCAAGGACGACCACACAUUCCUCAUCCCAACAAGAGCUUUCAAGAGGAGUGGACUUUGAGGACAUUAGCUCUGAAGAAGUAUUUGAGGCGCGCUUCAAAAAGCGUGAGUCCUCUCUCACAAGAGGUCUUAAGUUUUUGACGCGGUCUAAGAAUGAUGACAAACCCCAAGCAAUUUCCUCUGACUCCACAGAGGCAGGGGAGGAGAUCUACAGACCUGGGCCGAUUGGUGCACCAUUGGAAUUAGCAUCAAGGAGACUUGAAGAGAAGUCAAAGUCAGUCCAGGAUCUUCGUGAAGCUCAGAAGGACCAAGGCUUUAUGAGGAGACUCUCUUUGCGCCUGAAGCGAACUCCAUCAGCUGAGCGCAAGGAAGAAGUGACAAAAGAAGAUGAGUCACCUUCUUCAAGAAGAAGGCUUUCUUGGACUCUCGGUCGACGAGGAUCGCAGGAAAAGAAAGAAGUGGAGAUGACGCGCAUGGAUGGAAGUGCUGACGCGGCGGAGGGACAAGAUGAAAAGGAGGUUAAGAAACCUAAUGAAUCACCAGUCUUGGCAAUGCGAAGGAAGAUUGAAUCUACGGUGGCUGGGAUCUCUACUAGAAUCCGUAGCUUCUCAGAGGAAAGGAGAUCAUCGGAGGAAAAGGAACAAAAGAGGACACCCAUUCUGUCCAUGCUUCGUCGUUCAACAUCUGAGAAUCGUGGCGUGAAGGUUCCUAGUGUUCCUCAGAACCAGCUGGUGUCUCAGGCCAGUAAUGGCACCUCCACAGAGUCGCUCGACUCCAUGUCCAGCGUAAAGGCAGAUGCAUCAAAAGGUGUGGAGGCUGAGCGCAGAUCCCGCUGGGACAGAUGGGGCCUGACCAGAGGGCGGCGAGACAAGACAGUAUCACAGCCUGACAUACCGACAGCAAUCUCCAGAGAAAAUAGUUCCUUGCGUUCACGCCAGUACUCCAAACUGGCUUCUGAUUUCCCUCCAGUAUUCCACAUCAAGCUGAGGGAUCAUGUCCUGCUGGAGGGGGAUCCAGUCACACUCAGCUGUCUGCCAGCAGGCAGCCCCCACCCACACAUCACCUGGAUGAAAGAUAAGAAGCCUCUGGAGAUUGAUGCCAGGAUGAACAUGAUCGCCUGCCCUGAUGGUCGCCAGCUCCUGAUGAUCAUGCAAACAACCAAAAAGGAUGCAGGGGUUUAUGAGUGCGUGGCUACAAAUCCCCUCGCCUCUAUGACCAGCUCCUGCACCAUAUCCCUUGCUCGCCUGCCUAAUCGUCCUGGGACCCCUGAGAUUCCUCAGAAGUACAACAACACAGCCUUAGUACUGUGGAGGCCCUCGGACACCAUGGCCCCCUGCACAUACUCUCUGGAGAGGAAGGCAGAGGGUGAAACAAGCUGGCUGAUCGUGGCCACAGGGGUGGCUGACUGUUACUACAAUGUGGUGGACCUGCCGGCUGGGUGCCUCUACAGGUUCAGGGUGGCAUGCGUCAACAAAGCUGGCCAGGGCCCCUACAGCAACCUCUCAGAAGAAGUGGGCCUGGUUGCUUCAGAACCAGCCAAAUCCAGUGCUGCUGUGGUGGUCAAGACUGUCCCUGCAACUACUCCUCCUCCCCCUGUGGUCAUGAUGUCCUCCAUGAAAGUGUCUCCCAUUAAACCAGCUCCUAGUAAAUCCCCUACACUUGCCCAACCCGUCCCUACCGCAACAUCUGUGACUAAAUCUGCUUCUCCAGUAACCAUCAGACCUCCUAUUCAGGUUGAUACUAGCCGGCCUGCUGUCACUCCCUCCAUUAGUGUAGCCCCCCCUGAGCCAGCUGUGGUUCAGACCACCACAACUGUUCAAGCCACGCCAGUAAAAGCUAAGACCACCCUUAGCAUCAGUGUGGGCAAACCCAAAAGCAAGUUGAUGACUCCGCCUGUUGUUCCACCCAAACCCAAGAGUCCUGUAAAUGCAGCCCCUGGAAAAACCAAUAAACCCCCAACUCCUGUACCAGCCCCUGCGCCUGUCAUUGGGAAACCCAUUUCAUCCGUGCCAAUGUACGUGCCAGCUGCAACUGCUCGUGCUACACCGCCUUCUCAAUCCACUUCAACACCCACAACCAUCCCUCCUGUGACUGUUACUCGUGUGACUGUUACUCCGGUGACUGUCACUCCGGUGACUGUUACUCCUGUGACUGUCUCACCAACCGUGGUGGUGGUGCAGAGCUUGACGCCUGUGGUGCAGGGAGGGGACGGCUGGAGUACCCCGUCUGGGCGGAAUACCCCAACGGGACGGGUUACACCCUCGGGGCGCAGGACACCAUUGGGAUCUUUGCGCCAGGGAGUUCCACAGAAACCUUACACCUUCAUGGAUGAGAAAGCAAGGGGUCGUUUUGGUGUGAUCCGCGAGUGCCGGGAGAACGCCACCGGCAACCUCUUCAUGGCCAAGAUCGUUCCAUAUGAGGCAGACAACAAGCAGACAGUGCUGCAGGAAUACGACAUCCUCAAGUCCCUUCAUCACGAGAGGAUUAUGGCUCUGCAUGAAGCUUACGUCACACCGCGCUACCUGGUGCUUAUCUCCGAGUACUGCAGUGGAAAGGAGCUGCUCCACAGCGUCAUAGACAGGUUCCGUUACUCCGAGGAUGACGUGGUGACCUAUGUCGUGCAGAUCCUCCAGGGUCUGGACUACCUCCAUACCCGACGCAUCCUCCACCUCGACAUCAAGCCAGAGAACAUCAUCGUCACCUACAUGAAUGUCAUCAAGAUCAUAGACUUUGGCAGCGCUCAGAUGUACAACCCUCUCUUCCUCAAGCAGUUCAGUCCUCCUAUUGGAACACUGGAGUACAUGUCUCCUGAGAUGUUGAAAGGGGAUGUGGUGGGUCCUCCAGCUGACAUCUGGAGUGUGGGCGUACUGACUUUCCUCAUGUUGAGUGGCAGGUCUCCUUUCCUGGAAAAUGAUCCUCAGGAGACUGAAGCCAGGAUCCAGGUGGCAAAGUUCGACCUCUCCAAACUCUACCAGAAUGUGUCCCAAAGUGCCUCUCUGUUUCUCAAGAAGAUCCUCUGUAGCUACCCCUGGGCCCGUCCAUCUAUAAAGGACUGCUACAAUAACGCCUGGCUCCAAGAUGCCUACCUGAUGCGCUUGCGUAGGCAGACUCUCACCUUUACAACCACCCGUCUCAAGGAAUUCUUGGCCGACCAGCAGCGCAGGCGAGAGGAGGGGGCCACCCAGCACAAAGUUCUCCUGCGGUCCUACAAGAGCUCGACCCUAACCCCAAACGUGCCAGCCUCACCCACCACACCAGGUGCCCAGUGA